AUGAAGUCGACUCCUCUUAUUGUCAAUUGGCACGACAAGAAUGCCCCCAUCUACUCUGCCCACUUCGAGCCGCACGGCAAGGGAAGACUAGCUACGGGCGGUGGGGAUAAUAAUGUUCGCAUCUGGAAGGUCGAUGCAGACGGCGAAGACAGACGAGUCGAGUACCUCUCCACCCUGGUGAAGCACUCGCAGGCUGUCAACGUCGUUCGCUGGGCACCCAAGGGCGAGACUCUUGCUUCGGCUGGAGACGACGGCAACGUCAUCCUCUGGGUCCCGGCAGAGGUGCACCACCCCACCACAUUCGGCAACGAGGGCAUCGUCGACAGGGAGACAUGGCGGACCAAGCACAUGUUCCGCCAGUCCACCUCCGAGAUCUACGAUCUGGCUUGGUCCCCCGAUGCUACAUAUUUCAUCAUUGGCAGUAUGGACAAUAUUGCCCGCAUCUACAACGCCGCCACAGGUUCUCUUGUGCGUCAAAUCGCCGAACACAGUCACUACGUCCAGGGUGUCGCGUGGGAUCCUUGGAACGAAUACAUCGCAACCCAGUCCUCCGAUCGAUCGGUUCAUAUAUACUCGCUGAAGACGAAGGAUGGGCAAUAUGUACUGACCAGUCAUGGCGGCGAAACGCCCAAGGUUGCCAGCCAUGCUAAGAUGGACUUGCCGCCUAGGCGAAUCUCUUCCAGCAGUCCAGCACCGCCUGACAUGGGCCACCGGGCUCAGCUUGUUGCUGCUGUCGACACUCCAACGGCCUCGAUGGGAUCACCUGCACCAUCAGCCCCGGGAACACCCCAGUCUGUAGCUCUACCAAUGAAUCCUCCGAGUGUCGUCAGUCACAGCAGACGGUCGUCCUUCUCUUCUCGAAGAUCUGCGUCGCCAGCUCCAUCGUUACCUCUACCCGCAGUUAUGCCAAUGGCGAUGGAGCCAUCCCCAAAACCGAAUCACACCUCUGGCUUGGGAACGAAAAACGCCAACCUCUACGCGAAUGAGACCCUCACGUCUUUCUUUCGACGUCUGACAUUUACGCCCGAUGGUAGUCUGCUCCUCACGCCCGCCGGCCAAUUCCAGGUCCAACACCAGGCGGAUGGACUCAAAUCUUCCUUUGAGGUCAUAAAUACAGUCUACAUAUACACAAGAGGUGGCAUCAACAAGCCUCCCAUUGCUCAUUUGCCUGGCCAUAAAAAGCCGUCGGUAGCUGUCAAGUGUUCGCCGAUACCUUACACCCUCCGGCAGGCCCCUCCUGUCACGAAGCAUAUCACCAUAGACACAUCUUUGGCAGACGAUCCGGUUCCAGCCCUGCCUGAACCCAUCUCGAAGCCAUCUCCGGCGGUGAUGGAUCCACCCCCGCCACCAAGUUCUGCGUCUGCCGAACCUGAGAAUUCUACCACGCCGUCCAAGCCGUCGAACCUGGAGACUGGAGUAUCGACGCCUGGACCGAAGCCGUUGUUUGCUCUGCCUUACCGCAUGGUCUAUGCAGUAGCAACCCAAGAUUCCGUUCUUCUCUACGAUACCCAACAGACCACCCCGAUUUGCGUCGUGAGCAAUCUGCAUCUGGCUACUUUCACCGAUCUGACCUGGUCAAGCGAUGGGUCUACUUUGUUGAUCUCUUCAUCUGAUGGGUUCUGCUCCACACUCUCCUUCAUACCGGGUGAGCUAGGUCAAGAAUACAAGGGCGAGCUCAUGAGUGCGAAGAACUCAUCAUCAGCUGCUGGUGCUGGUCCUUCAUCGAACCAGUCUACGCCAGUACCUACGCCAACCUCGGUCUUCGCCCCUCCAUCACCCUUUUUAGGCCAUCAACAACGCAACUCUGCCACCUCAUUCCCCGCGCCGUCGCCGCCAGCGACAGCGUCCUUCGUGAGUGCACGGCCUCCUUCGCCUGCACGAUCGAAUUCGACCUCUUCUGUGGCGACCGCAGGCUCCCUCAUGAACAACCCGCCUCUCAUAGGUGGAAAUGUACCGAGUAUCGCAGCCGCUAACUCCGGAAAGGUGACCGGUAUACCGAUGACCACCCCGCCUGAGACGCCCAGUAGCAAUAACGUUGCUGCUGGUGUCAAGAGAGAAGCGAGCGAGAGUGAAAAGGACGAGUCUAGUGACCAACCGAAGAAACGAAGAAUAGCACCGACUCCGGUCACCGAUUCAAAGUCUUGA